GGGGCGAGAGGGUCGGGGCGAAGGGGAAGCUACGUCCCGGAGGUGCGGUGUGGGGCACCGGGCGGGGCCGCGGGAACCGGCGCCCCACGGAGCUGCUGCUGUCAGACCAACCCCGGGCCCCCAUCAUCACUGCGCCGCGCUCUCAGGCGCCAAGAACUACCGUUCCCGGCAUGCCAUGAAUUUGGCCUCGGCGCUGAGGCGGGGUCCGGCCCUCCACCCGCUCCCGCCGCGCGCGAAUCGCGGUCGCGAGCCAUGGAGGAGGAGGCAUCGUCCCCGGGGCUGGGCUGCAGCAAGCCGCACCUGGAGAAGCUGACCCUGGGCAUCACGCGCAUCCUAGAAUCUUCCCCAGGUGUGACUGAGGUGACCAUCAUAGAAAAGCCUCCUGCUGAACGUCAUAUGAUUUCUUCCUGGGAACAAAAGAAUAACUGUGUGAUGCCUGAAGAUGUGAAGAACUUUUACCUGAUGACCAAUGGCUUCCACAUGACAUGGAGUGUGAAGCUGGAUGAGCACAUCAUUCCACUGGGAAGCAUGGCAAUUAACAGCAUCUCAAAACUGACUCAGCUCACCCAGUCUUCCAUGUAUUCACUUCCUAAUGCACCCACUCUGGCAGACCUGGAGGAUGAUACACAUGAAGCCAGUGAUGAUCAGCCAGAGAAGCCUCACUUUGACUCUCGCAGUGUGAUAUUUGAGCUGGAUUCAUGCAAUGGCAGUGGGAAAGUUUGCCUUGUCUACAAAAGUGGGAAACCAGCAUUAGCAGAAGACACUGAGAUCUGGUUCCUGGACAGAGCGUUAUACUGGCAUUUUCUCACAGACACCUUUACUGCCUAUUACCGCCUGCUCAUCACCCACCUGGGCCUGCCCCAGUGGCAAUAUGCCUUCACCAGCUAUGGCAUUAGCCCACAGGCCAAGCAAUGGUUCAGCAUGUAUAAACCUAUCACCUACAACACAAACCUGCUCACAGAAGAGACCGACUCCUUUGUGAAUAAGCUAGAUCCCAGCAAAGUGUUUAAGAGCAAGAACAAGAUCGUCAUCCCAAAAAAGAAAGGGCCUGUGCAGCCUGCAGGUGGCCAGAAAGGGCCCUCAGGACCCUCCGGUCCCUCCACUUCCUCCACUUCUAAAUCCUCCUCUGUCUCUGGAAACCCCACCCGGAAGUGAGCACCCCUCCCUCCAACUCCCUACCAGCUCCAGAGUGGUGGUUUCCAUGCACAGAUGGCCCUAGGGGUGACCUCCAGUUUUGCGUGUGGACCAUAGGCCUCUUUCUAGUUGAAUGACCAAAAUUGUAAACCUUUUAGUCCCACCGACAUUAGCCAGGCUCGUAGUGAGGCCUCCACAGCAGGUUGUGCUGUCCCCUGCCUCUAGAAGCAAUGGGGAAUUUGGAAUCUUGUGUAAGUGCCCAAAUAAGUCUAAUGAGUGCUUUCCUCUUCUUCAACACUCAACCCUCAAUCCCUUAGCACUGAUUAGAGAAGUCCCCCAAAGAAACCACUGGUUUUGACCCAUGAAGCAUUAGAACUGCAUCGUUCAUUCAGGAGCCACUAGUCACAUAUGACUAUUUAAAUUUAAAGUAAAUUGUAUGAAAAAUUCAUUUCUUCAAUUGCAUUAGCCACAUUUUGAGUAUUCAUGUGGCUGGUAGAUUCUGUAUUAGCACAAAGAUAUGGAACAUUUCCAUCACCACAGAAAGUUCUGUUGGACAGCACUGCAUUAGAAUAUUUUCAUACUGCUCUUCCUCAAUUAAUUUUUGUUGUUAAAUAAUGUUGAUGUCUUCAUUGGAUGGGUCAUAAUGUUCCAUGAAACCUCUCAAAUACACAAUUGUAUGUUCUUUGUAUCCCUUACCACAAAUAUCUCGCUCUGCUCAUUUCUUUUGUAGCUUCCUAUAAAGUUUGUCUUCCUCAUCA